AUGGUUCUCGAAUUCUCGGAGCCACUCAUUGGCACCGUUAAGGAACCCAUUGAUACCGGGACUCUAGUCGAUCGGUUGACCAGGCUUCACAAGGAACUCUCGCUGGUCGAGCCCUCCCGAGAAUCUCUCGAUGAAUACUCCUCAGUUGCCAAAGACCUCGCGAACUCCAAGUUAUUGAAGCAUCAAUCUCCAGGCGUCGUCGCUUACACCUGUUGUUGCAUCUGUGAUAUCCUUCAGAUUCAUGCUCCUGACGCCCCUUAUACUGCUUCUCAGCUUACACUGAUCUUUAAGGCGUUGACGCUGCAAUUGUCUCGUCUUGGAAAUGGACCCGACGCCCCCUAUGCCCCACAAUAUGAAUAUAUACUUCGGAGUCUUACCGACGUGGAACUGAUCCUGCUUAUUACGGAUACUGGAUCCAACGCCUCCGAUUUGAUCGAAGCCAUGUUCACUACCAUUUACCACGCUGCCGCUCGCAAGCUCGAUCGCCGGCUUACAAUCAAGGCGGCAGGGAUGUUGGCAGAGAUUGUCGCUGAAGCCGAAACUAUCCCUCAUGAGGUGAUGGAUAUGAUCAUGGCUCCAUUCAGCAAAGACCCUUUUGCCAACGACAAGAGUAUCAAUAUUGGCUUCCAGAUUCUGGUUCACAUCUGUGAACUGAAUGUCGACCGCAUGCAGCGUCUUGUCAGUCAGUACUUUAGUGAGAUGUUGUACUCCGAGGGAGAACGGGUGGAGCUGGGAGAGAAAAAGGCGAGGAAGGCCUUGAACCGCAUUCAUCACUUAUGUGAGCAGUUGUGGAAAUUUGUACCAGAGAUUCUCGAGCUGGUUAUGCUGCUUCUUGAUGAUGAACUCAAUGCUGAUGACCCCGAAAUCCGUGAGAUGGCAACUCAUACCCUUGGCACAAUCAUCGGAUCGCCUAACUACAUUGAAGCGCAACCAGUGUCAAAAGUCAACUUUUUUGUUGUCUACCCCCAAGUUUGGGUGCUGUGGCUCAGCAAGGUUACCGAUAGUAGCGUCGCUGUCAGAACGGCGUGGGUCGACACCAUUGAUCUUGUUAUGGCAAACUCUAAUGCUCAGGCUCUGGAAGUAUGGGACCGUCUCUCUCGUUGUUUUGCUAAAGCUUUGCGUGAUCUGUCUGAUCUGGUGAGAGGACUGGCGUGGCAAGCUUUAUCCUCCAUGCCUUACCGGGUGACGAGAAGGUUGAUUGAUCCCAGUUGGGUUGACACCGUGCUUCAAGAAUGUCGUGACAAAAACUCCAAAAUCAGAAGUACUGCCAUCGCCGUGGCGUCAGAAACAUAUAAUCAGGCUGAAGAAAACGCUGAUCCCAACCCCGACCUAGAUCAAAUUCCCCUGGAACUUUUGCAUUUGUACUACAUUAACGACCGCCUUGUGGACGCUCAAGUUGACAUCGCUUGGUUUGAACUGAUCGUUCCUUUGACUAUGGCAACUACUCCUCGGGUGCAAAGAAUUUUGUCCGUCUGGAAGAACUUAGAUCCUCGUGCUCGUGAUGCGUUGGAGGCCUCAAUGGAUCGUCAACGACAAUUGGCGCCGGUGGUCCUGACAUUCAUUGAAAUGGGUCAACUGAAUGCCAAGAAUGGAGAUGUUGAUUCUGAAAGAGUGGCUAAGGUUGUGAAUUGGUUAAGCACUCAACUACCACAAGAAUGGAAACCUCGCGAAGGACUUGAUCGCCUUUAUCGCAAAGGUACCCCUCGUCACUGGUUCCUUCUCCGGCAAUGUAUGGACCCUGUGAGCUCCUUGACUACAAUUCGGCAGCUGUUGACUGAACUUGAGCUGAAGAUCACCGAUCCUGAUACGCGUCUCUGCGUACGAGUUCUAGUAUUGCGGAGUGCGCUGAUAAUGUUCAACAAGUCUAAUGUAGCUGAGAUAAUUAGCCUGGCUUCGCGGUCACCUGAAGCUCGUCAAGUACUUCUGUUGAUGACUACAAAAGCUCCUACAUUGGUUGAAUCCCACCUUGAUGAUUUAUGGGAACGAGUGCGUCGUGGUGAGACUGGUGCUAAUCUCGAAGCCCUUUAUCACUACGCUGUUCUGCGUUUUGAGUUCGAUAUUGAUGCUACCACUGUUAAGAUGCUUGCCGAUUUGUCUGUUACUGGAUCUGAGGAUGAUGCCACCAACGCAAUCAAGCUUUUAGCUCUUUCUCGUAAAACGAUGGCCAUCAGGGAAGUGAUCCAGCGUAUCCACCCAUUAAAUCCAUCCGAUCCUCAUUUCACAACGCACUUGGCAACGUGGGCUCAGCUUGUGCUCGUUGAACUGGAAGCAGUGCUGCCUUACGCCAACGAAGUAGCUCUGGUUCUUGUUCUGAUUCUCAUGGAAACUCAAGAACGUGAAGAUAUGAUCGAUGCUGAUGAAGUCAUCAAGCAAAAGUCACUAUCACUUCGCAUCAUGGUCAAUCGGCUUUUGGGCCUUGUCGAAGACGGUCGGUACCCCCUGCGUGAACUCGAAGCUCAGUGUAAGCCAGUGAUGCAACUCUUGACGUCACUAAUUGGCCAUCUGGGUGAAAUUGUUCCUGAACUGCUGGCUAAUUAUCCUACCCCACCCUCGCAUCGUCAACAGCUUCGACUCACAGCGGGUGAAUUGAUCCUACAGUUGGCAGAGGUUCCCGUCUAUGACUCGCUUGUACUGCCGACUUCCUUGCGCAGACUCACAGUGCUCCUUAUGGAUAAGCUGCAGGAUGUACGACAAGGAUUUUUGCAAGCACUUAAUCAGCGGGUGAUGGAACGGAAGUUAGAUCGUCGUUUCAUUGCCAUUGGGUUUUACACUGCAUUUGAAACUGACCCUGAACUCGCUAAGCAAGCUCGCAUGUGGAUCCUGCUGUUGUUCAAGCGUCAACUGCUGCAUAAGUGGGAGAAGACGUUGGCAACAGUUGUUUACUUUUUAGCACAUGAUGAGAAGUUUUCCGAAUACCUUGAAGAUGAAUCCGGUGAGGUCACCAAUGAGAGUCUUCUUCAUGGCUGCCAGUACGUUGCAAUUGUACUUCGCUACUUCAUCCAGCUUAUUGCUCAACAAGAAAACAUUUCCUUGCUUUACUAUUUGGCUAGUCGAAUUAAGCAAUACCGUGAUAUUUCGGUGGACACGGCGUUGUAUCAACUGCGGCCUCUUCCUCUUGAGGCACGCAAGCUUUACAUCGUUGCUGAAACUGCUCAAUACCUUCUCUUGAAGUGGGCUGAGCAACACAGCUGGCCUCUCACUCUGUAUCCUCAGAAGAUCAAACUUGAUGCCAAUAUGUUUGUACCGAUGGCAAGUACCGAAGAAGUCCACGAUGUCAUCACCACAGUGUUUGUCCCUGAGUCGGUUCAACAAAAGUUGGAUCGCCGCAAGAGCACAAAACGGGUAAGAGCAGACAAGCCCACCAAGGCCGCUUCAGGAGCUCGUAAAAAGGCACGGGUUGAGGCUGCUCCUUUGGAGCCGUCUCGUCGCAGCACUCGCCAUACGAAGCAGGUCGACUAUCACGAAACCACCGCUGCUGACGAUGAUAGUGAUGAUGACGAUGAUAAUGAUGACGACGACGACGAUUACUAG